CUAUCAUUCUUUCCUCCAAACUUUUACAUAACUUCAUAUCCAUACUUUGAUAACCUCUUUCAUUCUUUCCUCCAAAUUUUCACAUAACUUCAUAUCCAUAAUUUGAUUUUCUUGACUAAAUACAAUGAAGCCAUCAUCAUCAUCGUUCUCUCGGGUUUUAGAAAUCACGGUGAUAUCCGGUGAGAAUCUUCACGAGAAUCGGAAGCAACCAGUAAAGAAGAACGCUUUCGUAAAUAUCAAAACAGAUAAUUCAUCAUGCAACGUCACAACUAGAAUGGAUAAAGAAGGCGGAAGUUUUCCUGCAUGGAAUGAAAAAUUGAUCGUUGAUUUGCCCAUGCAUGCACGUCAUCUAUUAGUGGAGGUUCAAUGCAAGAAUUCUUCGGGGAUUAAAACCGUUGGAAUAGCUAGGGUUCCAACGUCUGAUUUCAUUGGUGGAUUUUUGCCGGAAGAUUAUUUGCACUUUUUGAGUUAUAGGCUUAGGGAUGUAAAGGGUGAGAAAAACGGGAUAAUUAAUUUCUCCGUUAGGGUUAAGAAUGCGCCGCCUCGAACAACCAGUUGUGCCGCUGCUUAUUCGCGGCAGUGGACGGUGGAACCGGUGGCUAUGGGAAGCAAGAACGGUUCUUGUGGGGUUGUGACUGGUAUUCCUAUGUAUCCUGGGAGUUCGUUAAUAGGUUUAUCAAUGACGAGAAAACUUUAAUUCUUUCUUUAGUUUAAUUUGCUUUAGUUGAUCGAAAUUCAAUUGAAUUUGUACAGACAGAAUUUCGAUGAAUUUGAUUACCAAGAAAGGAUUCAGAUUGAUUUAGAAAACAAGGUUAUGAUUACAAAUACAAGUUUAUUCAAGUUUUUCUA